AUAAGUCAAGUAUUCAACCAAUCAAUCUUCACUGAGCUGCUGCUGCUUUACAUACUCAGCCUCUUUGUCCAACAGUCACUACACUUUUCUAGAUCAUCACAGCAUUUAAACACAACACUCCUUGACGCCAUAUUUAAAUUCUAUUCAUGCUGCUGUUUUGGACCAUGUGAAAAGAUCUAAACCAUGAGGAAAUUGCAAGUCUCCAGAUUAUUUCCCUGUGCUCCGGUUGCGUCAUGAUGGGCCUGUUUUUGCUCUGCAUCCUGUCCUUCGCCCUGCUGACUGCGUCCCCCACGGUGAGUGCCAGUGUGUCAAACAGCUUCAGAGACUGCAGUCAUUUCUUCUACGUGCAAACGCCGCCUGCAGAAAUAAAGGGAACAAGCCUGAAGAGGAUCUGCCAGAAGUAUGCAGAUGAAGUGCGCUAUGCCACGUUGUAUGACAGCAGUCGCCGCCUUCCCCUCUACUCAGCCUACAUCUUUAAGAAGUCUGACGGGAAGAAAAGGAUGAACACGCCAUGGAUGUAUGAGCCACAGUUGGUUUCUAAUGGCGAGAGUGGCACCAUGAGGGCUCUUCCACUCACUGAAGACACCCCCCCUCUCAUUGAGGACAACCAGGCUGUGCUGGAGGACUACACAGAUGCUGUAGAAUACAGACGUUGCCCCCUGAACCCUGACCUGCACCAGUCAGAUCCAGAUGAUAAAUCAGCCACAUAUACUCUCACCAACGUGGUCCCAUUGUUCACGAACUUCCUGGAAACUACCUGGAACCCAUACCUGAACGUCAUCCGCCGUCGCCUCAACAACUUUUGCCACGACAGAUCUUUCAUGGUGACCGGGGUGACCGUUUCUGGUGCCACAAUCAAAAGGGAUAAAAGAGACCGCCUGGCAAUCCCAAAAUACAUAUGGGUGGCUUACUGCUGCCCACAGUUUGACCGUAACUCUCCAUUUGAGGUGAGGUUUAUGUUCCCGAGCUAUGGAGGCUAUGCACUCAAUGAGCAAACCGACCAAAAAGUGGUGGAAGUCCCUCUGAAGACUUUGGAAAACUUCCUGAAGAGUCAGAUGGACACAGAUGGUGGCCUGAAUAUUUUCAACAAAGGCUGUGUGUCAGAAAACAUCUUCAAAAAAAAGAGAGACCUGAAUGCUGGAUCUUGA